UUCAAUUCAGAAUUCAUUUUCAUAUUCAGAUUCACAGUUUUCUUCUAUCGAAUCGAUCGGCCAUAAGUAAUUUUAACUAAUCUCUUGGAAAAAUGGUUUCUAUUUUAUCGCGUACCGGAGUUAUUGCCGAAGUUUUAUGUCCACGGGUUGGACAAAAAAUUUUGGGUCUUGCUGUAACCUGCCAACAACAGAAAAGGAAUCUCAAUGUCCAGGAACAUGUGUCAUACACUUUACUCAACGGAGCUGGUAUUCCCACACCGAAAUUUGGUGUGGCGAAAUCAGCAACAGAAGCUGAAACAAUUGCAAAAGACUUGAACACCAAGAAUCUUGUGUUGAAAGCACAAGUUCUUGCUGGUGGUCGUGGUAAGGGUUCCUUUAAAAAUGGACUCAAAGGUGGAGUUCGCAUUGUUAAUACUCCCCAAGAAGCUAAAGAAAUUACUGGUAAAAUGGUGAACCAACUGUUGGUCACAAAACAAACCGGUGCCGCCGGAAGGAUUUGUAAUACUGUAAUGGUCGCCGAAAGAAAAUUCCCUCGUAGGGAAUUUUAUUUUGCUGUUAUGAUGGAGAGAGCGUUCAAUGGACCCGUAAUUAUUGCCUCUUCACAAGGUGGUGUUAAUAUUGAAGAAGUUGCAGCUGAAAACCCUGAUGCUAUUGUUUAUGAACCAGUAGAUCCUAUUGCUGGUUUGCAAGCAGAACAAGCAAAAGCAAUUGCCCGAAAAGUCGGACUUGGUGACCAAGAGUCUGAAAUUUGCGAAAUGUUGAUGAACAUGUAUGAAUUGUUUUUGAAGAAAGACGCUCUUCUCAUUGAAAUCAAUCCCUACGCUGAGGAUGCUUUGGAAGACUAUUUUGCCCUCGAUGCUAAAUUCCGUUUUGACGAUAAUGCUGAAUUCAGACAAAAAGAAUUAUUUGCCCUGCGCGAUUGGACCCAAGAAGAUGCAAGAGAAGUUGAAGCUGCCAAAUUCGAUUUGAACUACAUUACCUUAGACGGAACCAUUGGAUGCAUGGUUAAUGGUGCUGGUUUGGCCAUGGCCACAAUGGACAUCAUUAAGUUGCAUGGUGGAGACCCAGCUAAUUUCUUGGAUGUUGGUGGUGGUGCGACUGCUUCUGCCGUCAAGGAAGCAUUCAAAAUUAUCACAUCAGAUCCCAAAGUACAUGCAAUCUUAGUGAACAUUUUCGGAGGCAUUAUGCGUUGUGAUGUCAUUGCCGAAGGUAUUAUUGCAGCUGCCAAGGACCUUGACUUAAAGAUGCCGAUUGUGUGCCGUUUGCAAGGAACAAACGUCGAUGAAGCUCGUGAGCUGAUCCGUAAAUCCGGCCUAAGGAUCAUUCCUCGUCACGACUUGGACGAAGCUGCCAAUUUGAUUGUUCAUUUGGCCGAAAUUGUAAAACUGGCUCGUGAAGUAAAGAUGGAUGUUACCUUUGAUAUUCCAGACAGCGAAAAGUAGAUAUCUUAUUUCUCAAUAAUUAAUCAACCCAACAUACACACACCAACACACAUCAACAACUAGUCAUCCCAAAAGCAGAUAUGCAUCAUGAUCUGAGAGAUGAUACUAUGAUGUGAAGUAGUUGUCUUAUAUUUCUUCCUCUUGAACCAAACCGCGAUACUCUAUUCUUUGCACUCGUGUUGCUAUAACAUAAUCUUUGUUGUUGCCGCACAACGUUAUAAAUAAAUAUAUAUUUUAUCUUGCUCCUAUCCCAUACAUUAAAAAGAAAAAGUUAAAAGUUAAUCUACCAACCAAUUUGUUUUAAGUCUAAUUAGGAAAAUCAGAAAAUAAAGUAAAACCACACCAUGUUGUUAUUUAAUUUAUUCAUUCGAUCAUAGAAAACAUAUUUUUUGUUUAAUUCUUUUUAUUUAUCCUCUUCGUAGAGAAAAAGAAAAUGAAACAUGCGCAUGUGAACGCAAAUAAUUAUGUAGAAAAACCAACGCAAGUCAAAUUUAUUUUACAACAUGCAACAUAAUUACUAUAACUAUAAAAUUUGUAUUUUUGUUUUCAUAUAGAAAAUUUGAUUUUAUUUUGUAUAUUUUUUGUUAAUGUUUUUAGUUGAUUCCUUGUAUUAUAUCGAAGAGAAGAGACAUUUGUAUAUUUUUCUUUUACUCUUUUAAAAUCAUAUAUGUAAAUUGUGAGAUAAUAUUAAACAAAAUAAAUACAAAUAAAAUUGGUAGUUUGGUUCUUUAUUACA